CGGCCCAACCCGCGCGCACGGGAUGUCUUACCUCACACAGCAAAGCUUUGGAUCCCCGCUUUUUGAUCCUCCAUUACGCAGAGGGCUCACUGUGAUUUGUGCAAUUUGCACCGCGAACGGCUUCAUCGGUCGCCGAAGCUCACGCACGCCCGCGGGGAUCGCUGCACGACUCAGGCACAGCGAUUAGGAAGCAGCAGCCAUGAAGCUUGCAAUUAUCCUUGCGCUUGCGGCAAGCACGAAUGCGUUCCUCGCACCCUUGCACCCGCAACGAGUGAACGUCGAGCUCGCCGCCAAGAAGAAGAAGAAGAAGCAGGUCAUGAGCCCGAGCGGCGACGGCGUCCAGGCGACGGUUCUAAUUGAGAAGGCUGACGCCGCCGCCGCCGACGCGAUUGACCUCAGCAAGCAGGCCGCGGCGCUCGCCGACGACAGCGCGGCCAAGGCCGCUGCAAAGGCCGCAGAGGAGGCCGAGGCGGAAGCCGCCAAGGCCGCCGCCGAGACCGCGGCCAAGAAGGCUGCGGCCGACGCCGCGGCGGCCGCCGAGCGCGAGAAGGAGGCCCAAGCGGCCGCCGCCGCCCAGAAAGCGAAGGAGGAGGAGGCGGCGCGCGAGGCCGAGUCCGCGCGGCUCGCCGCGAAGGCCAAGGCCGAGGCCGAGGCCAAAGCUAAAGCAGAGGAAGAGGCCCGCAUCGCUGCCGAGAAGGAGGCUGCACGCAUCGCUGCCGAGAAGAAGGCCGCCGAGGAGGCCGCGGCGCGCGGCGACUUGGUCUUGGCGGCCGCAGAGGCCGCGGCGAGCUGGCCGCCGGACGCGGCCAUCGGGCCUUUGCAAGAUGCGCUCGCCAAGGCGGCGGCGCUCGGCAUCACGGACGGCAACGAUGUUGAUGCGGCCAAGGACGCGAUCGCGGCGGCCGAGCGCAUCGCGGCCCUCGCGGCCGAGGGCGAGGGCGUCCAGCCCCGGAGAAAAGCCGCGGCGAAGGCCGCGGAGGAGUGGCAGGUCGCGCGCAAGGUCGAAUCUUUAAGGGAAGAGGGCGAGAAGGUCAUUUCCCAGAGAGCUGAGGGAGCGCAGAAGCUCCAGGCCUACGUGAAGGAGACGCGGGCGUCGUCGAUUGUGGGCGACUGGGCCGACGCCGAUGGCAUGCUCUGCCGACUCAAGGCCGACGGCACGGUGCUCGUGCCGCCCAGUCGCGGGUCGGGCGGCGCCUGGAAAUUGACAAACGAGGACGGCUUCGGCGCCUCCGUCGAAAUUACAUUAGCGCUCGCCCAGACGACGCGCAACGGCGUGCCCGCGGGCAACCGCGAGCACACCCUGAAGGGGAGCAUCUCGGGGAGCAAGAUGACCGGCGCCGUCGAGACGCUCAUGUUCGGGUCCGUCGCGUCGGGGGAUUUGGAUUUGACGAAGAUGUGACCAUCUUCCUUGACUUUAACAUUUAUGAACCUUG